AUGAACAUAAAGGAUCUUAAUAAUCAUACCAAGGAUUUCCUCAGUUACUUGGAGUGUGGUAGCCUGUAUAUUUAUCUUGAAUUUAGCUCCCUACUUGAGUACAAGCUCUUCAUUAAGGUGGUUAUAGAGGAAAUUGGAUGGCUUGAUUUUUAUUCACCACUUAGAUUAAAAUUCCAUCAUGAUGGAAGAAGAUCAAAACAACAACGAAUUAAUGAACUUUUCGGAGAGAGUUCGUCUGAGUCAACACCAUCUAUUCCAAGUAAUAAAGGGACAAUAAAGUCGUCUGCCUUAUUGGAAGCUCAACAAAAUCCGGUUGACAUGAUUGAUGAAAAGGAGAAAUAG